UGACCGCUUAAAAGACUUCGCCGUCCUAGGAAAAAAAAAAUACCGCAGGAUAUGCGAUCGGGCAAGCCUUCUUACGUCAUUUCCGUUGCGCGAAAAAGCAACUUUGGCGCCGCAGCGUUUUGUUUUGAAAGGGGGAAGGAAGAAAUUACCAGAGGAUUUCGCCUAAUAUCGAGCUAAUAUCGGGUAGUUUCACGAAUAAAGUGACCCUGGUGCUGACGGCUCUCCGCGGUGAGGACAUGAGGGACCGUCGGUUCACUAAAUAAACACGUUUUGUAUUUAAACCCUGGUUGGUUUGUCUCGGUAGCCGUAGCCUUCCGUCGGUCCACCGGAGAGUGAUGCUCAUUCUCGGCCUGUAACCGGCUCAACCUGCCGUGAGAGACACCAUCCAGAUAAAACAACAACAACAACAACAACAACAACCAGAGCCGCCAUGAACAGGACCAAGCUGAAGAAAAACAAGGUGACGCCAGCAGGGCAGAGUAACAUCUCGUCCUUCUUUUCCACUCAGAAACAGAAGGAUUCAACGUCGCCCACCAAGCUAUCAAGAAAUGGCAAGACGGAGCUGCAGGUCCUCUGUCCUUCCCCCUCCAAGAGGAACAUCCUCGGUGUCAUAGACAACCUCCUCCCCUCCUCCCCGGACCUCCUUUUAUCCAUCCCUGAGACCCCGGACAGUCAGAUCCGGCCUCUUGGCUCCUCUCCUUCCAGAGACCCCGGUCGGCCCAGAGAGGCGUGCAGCUGGGAGAAGGCCGGCCAGCUGUCUCCCGUCUGCCGAAGUCCCCACUCCAGAGGGUUGGGACUGAGGAGAGCGAUGACAGAGGAGGGAGGGAGACGCUCUGGGUCCCUGAAAAGACUCUUCAGCCCCCCAAAAGAAUCCCACAAUGCCAAGAGGCCCAGAACUGCCAACACACAGGUGCUAACACCUCUGAUUGGCCCUGCAAAUAACAGCCUAAAUGUAUCAAGGUUUGGCAUUGGCCCCGUGAAGAAACCUGGCUUGCCCAGUGAGCGCAUCCAGUCGACUGCUCGGACUGAGAGGUCAGGAGGUCAAGUGCCGCGUUUGAGUUUCUCCGGAGCCGAUCAGAGGAUGUGUAGUGACGGCAGAAAGGAAGCGACGUCAGUGUCAGAGGUUUCCCACAAGUCUCUGAGAGCGUCAGGGCAGCGGCAGGAAGGGAGAGCUCCAGAUGAAGAGGAAUCUGUGUUCACAGUCAUAACAGAGCCCAAGCCAGGUGUGGAGACAGUCGGUGCAGCAGCUCGCACACACUCUAGUCCGGACGCACACACGCACAAUCUCAGCGCUCAUGCGUGUAAAGGUGACGCACACACUCGUAAUGGCCUCACGCACAAACCAAGCUCACUCACAGUUGCACUGCAGAAAAGAGCAGAGGACGGAAAAGCGGGUGUAGAUGGGAAAGGACUCACCAGAGCACCCAUGACAUCAUCGGACCAAGACAAAGUUGCUGUGACAUCAUCGGACCAAGACGGAGGUGGAGAUAAGGAAAAUGCAGGAGUGACAUCGGCCUGUCCUGCGGAGGAUGUGGUGGAGGAGAAUUGGUUUGAAGAGCAAAUGGAUCAGAGCACCGGGCCUGUCAAGGAGAAAUACAAGGCUCCCUUUAAGGUACCAGACCAUGUGAUCCUCUCUGGAGGCCGUAACAAUCGGUACUGGGUUUUGGACGUGGAGGAGCGGCCUGGUCAAAAAAUACUGACCGUCUCCUGUUCGAAAACACUACAACCAACUGAGACGUGUCUGCUGAAAAACGGAUGGGAGACGAGCCCAGUGUCCCGUGGCGAUGUGGUGCACCUGGAGGGCCACUGUGAUGGUGGAUCCUGGUUGGUGGACAGGGAGCAGGGCUUCCUGGUUCUGCUUCCUGAUUGGCUCAUCUCAGGAACCAGCAUCUCGAGCUCCAUCCGCUGCAUGAGGCAGGCUGUGCUGGGGGACAUGUUCAAGAGUUUUGAUGGUGGCUCAAAGCAGAUGCUGAACGGCACCAUGGUCCAUGAAGUGUUUCAGCGGGCUGCCAUGGCUAAAGAUUUCUCGGAGGAGACUUUGUCUAAUGUGGCCGGGCAGGUCCUCCUCAGCCCUCAGCACCUGGGAGCCAUGUACAGUUUGGGUGUGAGUCAGGAAGAGAUGAAACAGGAGUUGCAUGAUUAUCUGCCCUCCCUAAAAGAGUGGGCAGACGAAUAUCUGAACUCAUCAACACCGAAAACCAUCAGCCUCAAAGUCCCGAGCAGCGCAGGAGCUCCGUCCGUUGUCACACUUACAGAGUUGGCCGACAUCGAGGAGAACGUGUGGUCGCCGCGCUUUGGCCUGAAAGGCAAAAUAGACGUGACGGCGCGGGUUCGAAUCCACAGAGGGCACAACGGCAGCAGAACACCGCUGGAGAGAGUCAUGCCGCUCGAGCUGAAGACCGGCAGGGAGUCAAACUCGAUAGAGCACCGCAGUCAGGUGAUCCUGUACACUCUGAUGAGCAUGGAGCGGCAUUAUGAUGCUGAAGCUGGUUUCCUGCUUUAUCUGAAGACUGGCAAUCUGCACCCUGUAGUGGCUGGCCGCAUGGACCGCAGAGAGCUGCUGAAGCUGAGGAACACCCUGGUCCAUCACCUGAGCCGCUCUGUGGAGAAGAGCACCGAGCAGAGCCGUCUGUCUCGACUGCCUGACAUCCUGACCAACAGGAAGACCUGCCAGUACUGUCCUCAGAGGAGAAACUGUGCUUUAUAUGAGAGAGCGUUGGAGAGUGGCUCUUCAGAUGUCCCCCAGGAUGUCGUACAGGAGUUCCUGCAGCAGGAGACGGGUCACCUGACCCCGCCACACCUGAGCUAUUUUUCCCAUUGGCUGCUGCUCUGCGGCCUAGAGGCUGCUACCAUGGAGACCAAGAACGGCCGCAAGCACAUCUGGCUGCAGAGCGCUGAGCAGCGAGAGAAGAGUGGCAGCUGUGUGGGCGGCCUGCAGCUCAGCGGCCCCGUCACCGCUCCGUCUGAAGGGGUUUUCCUUCAUCGAUUCCAGAGAAAAGGAGUGAAGCAGCAGGGAGUCAACAGCGGUUUGGCCGCCGGGGACCGCAUUGUUGUCAGUGACCAAGAUGGUCGUAUGGUUGGCUUGGCAACGGGCUACCUGUGUGAUGUCAGCAGCACAUCGAUCAGCUGCACUCUGGACAGAGACUUGUCCAAGUUCAGUGGUGUGUUGUUUCGGUUGGACCAAGAUGAGGGCGUGGUGGGCCUCAGCACUCAUCUGACCAAUCUGUCCAAACUGAUGGAAAACUCUCAAGACAGUGAUCGUCUGAGGGAGCUGGUUGUUGACCUCCGACCCCCGGAGUUUAUCUCCAGUCUCAGUUCUGUUCUGCCCAGAGAGGCCAAGGACACUGUGGCCGACAUCCUGAAAGGUCUGAAUAAGCCCCAGAAGCAGGCCAUGAAGAAGGUGUUGCUGUCUAAAGACUUCACGCUGAUUGUCGGCAUGCCUGGCACAGGCAAGACCACGACCAUCUGUACCCUGGUGCGUAUCCUGCACGCAUGUGGCUUCAGUGUCUUGUUGACCAGCUACACGCACUCUGCCGUUGACAACAUCCUGUUGAAGCUCAAGCGUUUCCGGGUCGGCUUCCUGCGCCUGGGACAGGGCAACAAGGUCCAUCCAGACAUCCUGCCGUUCACAGAGGAGAGCGAGAGGAGGAAGGGAGUUCACACUCUGUCAGAGCUGGAGCAGCUUUAUAACAAGGAGCUGGUUGUGGGAACAACCUGUAUGGGCAUCCGACACCCUCUUUUCUCACGGCGGCGGUUUGAUUUCUGCAUCGUAGACGAAGCGUCGCAGAUUAGCCAGCCUAUCUGUCUGGGCCCGCUGUUCUACGCCAAGAGAUUUGUCCUGGUGGGAGAUCACCAGCAGCUCCCACCAAUAGUGCAAAACAUGGAGGCGAGGUCACUCGGGAUGGAUGAAAGUCUGUUUAAACGUCUGGAGCUCCACAGUGAAGCAGUGGUCCAACUCAAUGUGCAGUACCGGAUGAACAGGCAGAUAAUGUCCCUCAGUAACUCUCUGAUGUACGGGGGACGGCUGGAGUGUGGAUCAGAGAGGACAGCCUCGGCACUGCUCUCCCUGCCCUUUCUGAUCUCCGUCCAAUCAGAGCUCGCUUCUCACUCUAACACUCAACCCCAGCAGGACCUGGCCUGGAUACAGGCUGCCCUGUUGCCUAGUAACCCAGUGUGCUUCCUGGAUGCCUCGCUGGUUCCAGCGCUGGAGUCAGUGGAGCAGGGAGGCGUAAGCAACCACACCGAGGCUGCCCUCGUUCACAUGUUGCUAACGCUGCUGAUAAAGGCAGGUUGUAAGUCCAGUGAUAUCGGUGUGAUCGCCCCCUACAGACAGCAGCUGAAGAGCAUCUCUGCCCUGCUGCAGUCCCCUGUGUUCAGUGGCGUGGAGGUUAACACAGUCGACAGAUACCAAGGACGUGACAAGAGUCUUAUUGUGAUUUCCUUUGUCAGGAGCACUGCAGAGGAAGGAAGCCUAGGAGAGCUGCUGAAGGACUGGCGGCGGCUGAAUGUUGCGGUGACCAGAGCCAAACACAAGCUGCUGAUGGUGGGCUCUGCCGCCACGCUGCGACGCUACGCUCCGCUGGAGAAACUGCUCAACCAUCUCCAACAGGAGAACAUGAGCGUCCAGCUCCCUCCAGCCGCCCACAAGAUGCUGCCCGGCAUGCGCCUGUGACUCAGCACCCCCCAUGGUUUUUCACGUUGAUUUUCUCUAAUGUGUAAGAAACAGAAAAUAAUUGUGACGCCUCAGCGGGACGUCACACUGACACUUCACGUGAUGGACAGGCUUUACUGUCAAACACACUGUGAGAUUUUGAUUUUAGCUGCUUAAUAAUCUGAAAAUGACUUGAACCUCCUUUUGUGGCCUCGCAGCAGGUGCCAGCUGUCCAGCAAACAACAAGUCAGAAACAAUCACAGUCGCCAUGUUGGCCUCUUAAAAAAUUUGCCCCAACGCUUUUAAAAUGUGUGGAAAUUAUUUCAGCCGCUCUUACCUUCCACUGUGAGAAUCUUUUUCUGUCCAAAAUCCAGGAAAAAUGUGCAGACUUUUACAUUAUCAGGCUCUACCUCUGAUCUCUCCUGCACUGUGUUUGGGACAUUUUUAUUUUAUUUUUUAUUUUUUUUAUCAUAGAUGAUUGAUUUUGCAAUAGAACGCUCAUAAUCCAAGGCCCUCAGAAAUGGAAGUUUAAAAGUUGUUUAGUUGAUAUAUACUGAAACUGAAACAGAUUCAGGAGCGAGCACUGAAAAGUGUUCACACUCUGGACCCAAUCUUACUCAGAAUAUGAAGAGACUGCGUUUACAUGGACUCCCAGUUAUGAGGCCUAUCCCAGUUUUGAUCAU